CUUAGAAAACUAUAAUAAACUUGUGAUAACAGAUAAAUUGUUCUAGGAUGUUCGGAAGUCAUAAAAAUUAGUUAUCAUUCUUUUUUGGCGGGCCAAUAAAUUAAGUGAACGAUUUAUUGUAAUAAUUACGCAGGCAUAAAACCUUUUUUGGUUUUUAAACUUCUUAGCAGCUUCGUGAACUUGUUUUCCUAGAACAAAAUUAUAUUAUCAAUCAGUUGAGUUUGGUUUAACAGCAAACACACAACAUACGUAUUUUUUUUUCAACGCAACAGCAUCCUCUAACAAAAUAUGGACAACACAUCCGACAAUUCGAGAUGUGUGGAUUGUGGCUCAUCUGGAGCAAAUCGCAAUAGUAAUUGCCUUGGCAGAGUUUCUGAAGAACAACAAAAGCCUACAAGCCUUAGAGUAUUAAGAAAAAACAAGCCACCUGGCCACCCUAAAGAUGUAACAGGCUUAACACACGAAUGUGGAGUAUUUGGAGCGAUAGCAUGUGGAGAUUGGCCUACGCAGAUUGAUGUCGCUCAACUCAUUUGCUUAGGCUUAGUUGCUCUUCAACAUCGUGGUCAAGAAUCAGCUGGUAUUGUAACAAGCAUGGGAAAAUGUUCAAAAAAUUUCAACGUUCACAAAGGCAUGGGUAUGAUUAAUAAUUUAUUCAACGAUGACAAUAUUAAAAAGCUCAAGGGAAACCUUGGAAUCGGACACACAAGAUAUUCCACCUCGGCUGCAUCCGAAGUGGUCAAUUGCCAACCAUUUGUAGUUCACACAGCACAUGGUGCCAUAGCCAUUGCUCAUAAUGGAGAGCUUGUCAAUUGCGAGCAAUUGAGGCGUGAAGUUCUUGGAAGAGGUGUGGGACUUUCUACACACAGUGACAGUGAACUUAUUGCACAAUCACUAUGUUGUAGUCCUGAUGUUUCAGAGAGAGACGGUCCUGACUGGCCAGCAAGAAUUCGUCAUUUUAUGACCCUUGCUCCACUUUCGUAUUCCCUAGUUGUAAUGCUUAAGGAUAAGAUCUAUGCUGUUCGUGAUUCUUAUGGCAAUCGUCCACUGUGUAUAGGCAAAAUUGUUCCAAUCAAUAUUGGAGGAGGUAAAAUAGAAGAUGCACCUGCUGAAGGUUGGGUUGUAUCAAGUGAGAGUUGUGGUUUCCUAUCAAUUGGAGCCCGUUAUGUUCGAGAAGUUGAAGCUGGUGAAAUUGUUGAAAUGACACGAAAUGGUAUUCGUACCAUCGAUAUCGUAGGACGUCCUGAUUCCCAGAUAAAUGCAUUCUGCAUCUUUGAAUAUGUCUACUUUGCUCGAAGUGAUUCCAUUUUUGAAGGACAGAUGGUCUAUUCUGUGCGACUGCAGUGCGGUCGGCAAUUGGCUAGAGAAGCUCCUAUCAAAGCAGAUAUUGUUAGUUCUGUACCUGAAUCUGGAACAGCAGCAGCUCACGGUUAUGCUAGAGAGUCUGGAUUACAUUUUGCUGAAGUUUUAUGCAAAAACAGAUAUGUUGGUAGAACAUUCAUUCAACCAUCGACACGACUUCGUCAAUUGGGUGUAGCCAAGAAAUUUGGUGCACUCUCUGAGAAUGUUGAAGGCAAGCGUUUAGUACUUAUUGAUGAUUCCAUUGUCCGAGGUAAUACAAUCGGACCUAUAAUUAAACUUUUACGAGAUGCUGGAGCUGCAGAGGUUCAUAUUCGAAUUGCAAGUCCUCCACUACAGUAUCCUUGUUACAUGGGUAUUAAUAUUCCAACCAGAGAGGAACUUAUUGCAAAUAAAUUGGACGCAGAACAAUUAGCUAGACAUGUUGGAGCCGACAGUUUGGCAUAUUUAAGCGUGGAAGGUUUAAAGAAAGCCGUACAAAUGAACAAAACAAGCUCGAAUAAAAAGAAAGACGGUUAUUGUACAGCUUGUCUAACAGGAGAUUAUCCUGGUGGAAUCCCGGAGGAAUUAAGCUGGUAGUUAGGAGUUACAUUUUGAAAAAAACAGCUUGAAAUCUCUUUAUAGAAUUAUUAUUAUGUAGUAUUUAAAUUCUAUUUACAAUACAUAGUUAUGAAUAUAAGAAAAACAUUUAUAUUUAACAAAAAAAAAAUCAAAAAUCAAACAACACAGUACGACAGAAGUUUUGCAUUCGAAUUUGAAAAAAAAAAAAUGCAUUCACUGUGCGCUACUAUUAUAACAUUCUCUUUUUUUUCUAAUUAAAUAAAUAUAAGUUUUAAAAUUA